AUGAUCAUGGUCGUACCCAUCGUUUGGGCACUGGCCGUCGCUCUAGCCGGCCGGGGCGCGGUCGGCUUCAGCAUCCCCUUUGACGCGUUCCGAUCGCUCAGCGGCCUCCACGGCGCCUCCCACACCACCACCGCCGCCUGCGAGCCGGCCACCUUCAGCGCCCUGUUGCCCGCCAACGCGGUCGUCGAGAACGUCACGUCCGUCCCCGAGGGCGGCACCUUUGGCGAGGGCGAGGCCAACCUGCUCUCGCCCAAGGACCCGACGGGCCUGCCGCGGCUGUGCGCCGUCAUCGUCAAGGUCGCGAGCUCGCCCGGCUCGAGCUUCCGGUUCGGCAUGUUCCUGCCCACGGCGCCGGGCCGGUGGAACGGGCGGUUCCUGGUCGUGGGGAACGGCGGGUUCGGCGGCGGCAUCACGUGGCGCCAGAUGGCCGAGUCGGGGCCGCACCACGGCUUCGCGACCCUGGCGACCGACACGGGGCACAACUCGAAGCCCCUGGACUCGGACUGGGCCCUCAACAGCCCCGAGUCGAGGACCGACUGGGGCUGGCGCGCGCUGCACGAGUCGGUGGCGCUGGGCAAGAAAAUCACGCGCGCCUUCUACGGCCGCGGCAGAAAAAAGGACCGCAUGUACUCGUACUAUUCGAGCUGCUCGACGGGCGGGCGCCAGGGGCUUAAAGAGAUCCAGAUGUCGCCCGACAGCUUCGACGGUGUGCUGGUCGGGGCGCCGGCGUGGUGGACGAGCCACCUCAACACGUUCGCGGCCAAGACGGGCAUCCAUAACCUGCCGUUCGACGCACCGCACCACGUGCCCGUGGAGCUGUUCGCGGCCAUAUCGCGCGAGGCGGUGCGGCAGUGCGACGGCGACGACGGCGUCGUCGACGGCAUCAUCUCGGCGCCCGACGAGUGCGGCUUCAACCUCGGCGCCAUGCGCUGCGGCAACCCGGGUGUCAACGGCUCCGAAUGCCUGACCGACUCGCAGAUCCAGACGGUGCGCAACAUCUACGCCGACUGGCGGCGCGAGGGCGCAGCAGCAGCAGACCCCGCCUCCGCGACCACCACGUACAGCGGGGGGCCGGCACCGCCAGUCAAGGCGGCGUCGGCGCCCGCGGUACUCGGGGCCGACGAGGACCUACUAUACCCGGGGCUGAACCCGGGCACCGAGGAGGGCUGGCACGUGCUCUUCAACGGCACGGAGCCGAGCCCGUUCGGCUCAGGCUACAUCCGCAACUUCCUGUUCGACGACCCGGCCUGGGACUGGCGCGCCUUCAACGACAGCAUCCUGGACCUCGCGGCGAGCGCGGACCCGGGCGGGCCGACGGCGGACCGGUACGACAUCACGCCGUUCCGGCGGCGAGGCGGCAAGGUGCUGCUGUACCACGGCACGGCCGACGGGCUGGUGCCGCUGCGGGGCACGCACCUGUACUACGAGCGCACGCGGCAGGCCAUGGGCAAAAGAAAAGACGACGACGACGACGACGACGACGACGGCCUCGGCGACUUCUUCCGCUACUUUUUGGUGCCGGGCAUGGGCCACUGCGCCGGCGCGCCCACGGCCUGGUCGUUCGGGGCGUCGGGGCAGGCGAGCGCGCUCAACGCGUCGGCGUGGUCGGUGCCGGGUUUCGCCGACGAACGGCACGACGCCCUGCUAGCGCUGGUGGGCUGGGUCGAGGCCGGCAGGGCCGUAGACCAGAUCGUGGCCACCACGUGGAGUGACCCCCAGGACGCCGGCUCGGGCGUCGACAGCCAGCGCCCGCUGUGCCCCUUCCCCAAGCGCGCCGUUUGGGACAGGGUCGGGGAUGUGCGCGAGGCGGGGAGCUGGAGGUGUGAGUAG